GGUUCCGCAAACAAGUUUUUGACGCCUGUCACUGACAUUUCUACACUUUUUUGGGACGUCCUCCGCUAAAUUUAUUUAUAAAAGCUGAAAAUUUAAUUUAAGCAAGCAUUGGAUUAAAGUGAGCUUGGUGUUAAAUGCGCAGAAUUUGAGCUGCUGCUCGUAGAACAUCCGUGCUAAUGCUAGUUAGCCGCUAGUUGCCUUAGCUAAUAGUUGCUACUUUUCUGUGUUACAGCUACAGACGGAAGUUUUUGAAAAAUAAUGUCUGGACCAAAUGGAGAUCCGGACAUCUCCACUGAUGAUGGUAUUAUCAACGACGACGACGAAUUUGGCGACCAGGAGUACGCUUCCAUCAACUCGAUGCUGGAUCAGAUCAACUCCUAUCUGGAUGACCUGGAAGAACGUAACGAUUCCCUUAAUGGCAAACUGCACGAACUGAUGGAGUCAAACCGGCAAGCCCGUCUGGAAUUCAGGGCCCAGCUGCUCGGCUCACCAACCCAGGAGGAAGAUAACCAAGAGGAGCCUCAGACUGCAGAGGAGAAACCCAUUUUGCCUAGCAAAGAAGACUUGAACGAGGAAAAAUGAGUUGUGACAGAGGCGUGCAGAUCUGGAGUCAAAGUUAGUUAAAAACCCAGGAUGAAAGAUAAACACGAGUGUCGACUCGGUUCCUAAUUUCUGAUCUGAUCCAUGCCUUUUGUGACUCUUCUGUGAAUUUACAUUCCAUCCUGCAGACACGGGUUUUACAUCUGAGAAGUUUUUCUGUCUCCUUUUUGAACUUUGACACUAGCGUUUGUUUCCUGAACAGAACAGUUUCUCAUAAAAGCUGUGUGAAAUGCUGUGAGCUUCUAGAAUAUGGUAUUUUAAAAACAAUAACAAGCAGAUACUGCAGUAUUUAACACUGUUCGUACAUCAGCAUCACAUUCUGAUCUGUCCAGUUAAAUCACUCUCCGUCCAGAUAAUUCAGAGCGGGACAUGCUUUAAGUUUUUAUGUUUGGUCAGCAUCAAAUUCAUAAAGAUGUUUCAGGCACUACUUAGAAUUAGUUAGUGGUAUUUGGUGUGUUCUGUGUACUUGCUGUGUGUUUUGUCCUAUAAAAUAUUCCAGAUAUUUAUUGUAAGACUUUGACGUCCGUAUGCUAUGCAUUCUGGGUAGUUUGAGAUGAUUCUUUCAAAAAGAAAAGCAGAAGAGUUGUAUACAAUAAAUACUGUAUGAAGAGAAAA